AUUGGCUCGUCGUUCCUCUCAAAAGCAAUACUGCAUUUCUCCAAAACCUGUGCACUGAAUCUCAACAAUGGACGGUCAACCAUCCGCGUCGCCCGAGGCCACGUCGUUCUUGACAGCGACGCCCAAGGAGCUUACGCGAGCCUACAUCCUAACGAGCAACAAGGGCAAGUUUGCCUGCUCCGACGACGUCGCGAUGCUGCGUCAUGUCCUGCGCUGGUGUCCGUGGGAAGCGGCGCAUGGCAGCGUCAUGGCGACGUGGGAGCGCGUGGCCGAGGACGUCGCCCAGUCGCCCGACUUUAAGCUCAAAGGCAAGACGGGCGCCGCACUCAAGUCGCGCUUCGAGACGCUUCUCGUCAAGUUUUGCGCCAACGACAUGCAGCGGCUGCGCAAGCUGGGCACGCCCGCUGAGUUUGCCGAGCGCGAGGUUCUUUUGACUGACAUUCGACUUCAAAUGCAGGGACCGUCCGAGGGCGACGAGACGCGGGCAGAAGCUGAAGUCGAAGACGAGAAUGCGGGCUUGAUCGAGCUGGCGACGGCGUCCGGCGUCACCGUUCGCGCCAUCGAGGUCUCAUCACUUAACGACGAGCCACCUACUGUCGAAAAACCCUCCAUUGCCGAUGAGCCAUCUGUAGUCGACGAGGCUGCGAUGACAUCCGAGCCCUGUUCACCAGAGCUACACAGUGGCUCGAGUCCUCGGUCACAAACCGCUCGCCCCGAGAAGCGCAAGGCGGCGGCGCUCGAAGCCGAGGACAAUUCUCUCACGGCGUUGCUCGCACGCACACUGUGCGAGAACCACGCCCAGGACGCGGUGUGUGCUGAGGCGACGCUUGCUCUAGCGCGGGAUCGUUUGUCGUUUGAUCGCGACCAAGCACGACUGCGUCUCGAGCUCGACCGGGAGCGACUAGCCUUUGAGCGCGAGCGUCUCGGGGUCGACCGCAAGCUGGCGAGCGUGUUAGCUGAGCAGGUGGCUCAGAACCAGCGGUUGCUUUUGACCAUUGUUGACAAACUCAGUGCCCAAUAGCCUUUGCGGUUCAACGUUUUUGUCGUACAUUAUCAACCUUUGUUCAUUGUUAGUGAAGUCAUAACUUUUACUUAUUGCUUUUUGACGCGGAU